GCGAACCCUUGGUGGAAACUAAUGUAAACAUUUUGUUAACGGAGUGGUCUUUUUUUUUUAAGAUAACUGGUUUACUUUAAUAGUUUCAGAGUGAAUUAGAUUUUUUCCUGAGUAACUCGCCAACACUAAGGCUAAAAUAUAUAUCUAUAAUUAACAUAUUGCAAUAAUUUUGUCUUAAAACAUCGCGAAAUAGACUUCGUUCCCUGAGAACAAUGUCUUCUGUGGACAUCCAUUCCCAGCUCGCGUCUGUAAUAGAAAGGUUCGCUAAGGGUGCGCUGGUAGAGAUGACCAAAAUCAUCGAUAACGACUCGGCGCUUUUACGCGCGGAGAUAGCCCGGAGACAGAUGGAUGUCGAGGCGCUGCUGUGUAAACUGCAGUUCGCAGAGAGUGAGCUGAGGUCGGCGCGCCAGGCAGCAGCUGCUCGUCAGUCCGCUCCCAACCGCCGGUCAGUGGCUGUUCAAGUUACCAUCACGGCUGCACUGCAAGACUAUACGGAAACACACACAGAUAUGCACUUGGAUACUUCUUCAGUGCAUUCCUCCAGUGCAAAGAAUGAGGAUAGACAAGAAUCGUUUCAAGUUAAAGAGGAGAGGGCAGAGUUGAAGCCAUGGGACAGCGCAGAUGAGAUAGAGGAGACUCGUGUUUGCUGGGAGGAAGAGCGACAUGCAUCUAACACAUUAGAAGAAGGUCAUAACGAAGCCAAACCCGGUGUUAUUUGGGACUCGCCUGAUCUAGAAGACAUUACCAUGAGACCUGAGGCAUCACAACAAGACAGUACUAAUACAGUUCACAGCACAAACACUUCCCCAAACCCAGGAGAUGAUAACACAGUUCACUACCAAUAUCAACAAAUGACAGAAUGCGAUGCCGGGCAGCACAGACUCAGUCGUUUGAGUAACUCUAACGCUGCAGGACGUCAUCCAGUCGGGGAGCAGAGAGGAGACGGGGUGGGGACGGGGGAGAAGAGCUCGCGCUGCGCUCAGUGUGGAAAAACCUUCACCACACGCUUCUAUUUGAAGAUCCAUCAGCGCAUCCACACGGGCGAGCGACCCUACACAUGCCUUCAGUGCGGGAAGCGCUUUUACUGUAACUCGCACCUCAUUUCGCAUCAGCGCUGCCACACGGGAGAAAAGCCCUACAGCUGCGAGGAGUGCGGCAAGUCGUACUCUCAUUUAAACUCACUGAAGCUGCACCAACGCAGCCACACGGAGGAGGAGGUCUGCAACUACUGGUGACUUUGAAAGCCAGAUUUGGCAGAUUGGGACUGUCUUUUUCUUAUACACACACACAUGGGUCUACCAUUAACUGAUUAUACAAUAUGGCACAAAGCGUAACAUGCACAAUAUGUUUAUAGUGUAUAAGCUUAACUUCUAUGUGAAUUUUAUCUGAAAACGGAUAGUUUUACGUGCUAUCCAAGGUGGUCAAAGAUUUACAUUGUUGUGGUAAUAUUGUAACAGCUGAUAAAAGUUUAGGCAAGAAUCAAAUUUUAUUUCAACCUGGUCUUGACCUUCACUAAUAUGGAGAAUGUCCUUAUCUUUCACUUACAUUAAAUUGAUUUGAUAAGCCAA